AUCUCAAAAUUCUCGUAGAAAAGGGUGGCUUGCUGCAUGUAAGAUUAGAGCAAGAGCAAUAAUUGACACGUCAUCGUUGAGUGAUAGUGGAAAUGUUUAUUAUCAAGACGAUGAUCCUCUUAUGCCACAAUUGGUGCAACCCUCGACUCUUUUAAAUGAUCAUGUUUCACUAGCAUCUCAAGGGGGAGAACAAGUGGUGAUUAGUGAGGUCAUGCAAUUGUCAUAUGUGGCACAAGAAGAAUGUGUGGGUGAGGACGAUGAUGAAGAGGAAGAGUUUGAUGGAACAGAAACAUCGGAAGAAGAAGUUCCAAAUUACUUAACCGAGAGUGAUACAGCAGCUGCCCAGUUUGAGCCAGCCUCCUGCACAGCAGCAGCUUUACAUUUUGACUCAACUUCCCACACAACUACAACAGGAGCAACCCACUGUUACUCACCACCAUUGGACGAUGACCAGUACCCUGGUGAUGAUGCAACAAUGGAGGAGGACACUGAAGAGCAUAAUUUGGAGGCUGAGUUGGAUACUGAGUUUGCUAUGCUUGAUCCUAAGUUAGAUAUUCAAUUGGAGAAGGAGCUAUCACGUGCUGUCCCGAAGACAGGACGUGGUAUGGAUAAAGGAGAUGAUGCUCCUGCAGACUCGAGUCAAAGGAAGUUGCUUAGCCUUAAUCGCCGAGGCACAUUCAGCCAUGAGAGGUUUGGGAGGACUGCCACAAUAAUAUGGAAGUACUUGUAUGAUGAACUGGUGCUUUUUUGGUCUAGCUGGCCUGAGGAAAAGAAGAGGGUUGCUUGGGAGAAUUUCCAAAACGAUGCUCACCAAAAAUAUGUGGAGAAGUAUGGGCCAAACAAGGAUUCAUGGCCAGAAUGUGAUCCACUUAUCUGGAAGGAGGCUUCCUCUUCUACCACCAGGAUUCUUACGACACAGGUCCAGCAGUUGCAGUCUGAGCUUACUCAAGUUCGGGAAGAAAUGGCUGAGCGAGUUCAGACAAAGGUGGUUGCACGUAUUUAUACAAAGGUAUCUCAUAGAGUAUCAGAGAUGGAGGCCAGCUUUGAGAGGAGAUUCCAAGAGCACAUGUGCUUACUUAGCUAGCAAUAUUCUAUGAAUACUACACAACCCCAGACUGGUUAUCCUUCUUUUGUACCACCCCAGACUGUUGAUCCUUCUUUUGAAGGAUUUAGACCUGAUCACUUACCACUUCCUACUUAGAGACAUUGACAUUUUAAACUUAUAUUAUAUAUGUUUAUAUAUAUGUACUGCAUAUGUAUAUAUAUAUGGUAACAUCUCUCUUUGAGCUUCUUCUCCUUUUAUUUUUGUUUUUCUUUUUUCUUUUACAUUCUCCUUUUUAUAUUUUCGUAAAUUACCUUUAAUUUUGACAAUCCAUCAUCUUCUUUCUUUUCAUUCUUCUCUCUUUUUUGUUGAAUUCUUAUUAUUUAAUAUACUCAUAGUUUUUUU